AUGUCAUAUUAUUUUAUUACAUAUUUAAUGGGCGUCUGCUCAAGCAGAAGAAAAGAAAAAUCAAUUAUCAGCACAACUGAUAAUACAAUGCGAGUGACUUCACGUCUACUUUGUGCUUCUGAACUAUGUAAGUUUUAUUUAGUCGCCAAAGAAGAAUUAAGUAUUCUAAAAGAGAUUUAUUUGGAUCUGUCUCGAAAAAGUGACUCAGGAAAGACAAUUGACAAAGACGCGUUCUUGCAGUUUUUCCCUUUGCCUGUAUUUUUUAUUUAGGGCUUGCUAGGUGAGAGAUUAUUUAAACUUUUUGACACUUUAAAGCGAGGAUCAAUUGACUUUGAAGAUUUUAUCGUUGGAAUUGGGAGGUAUAGUAAAGGCACAAUCCAAGACAAGUUGAAAUUGAUAUUUGAAUUGUAUGAUUUAAGAGGAGAUGGGUUCAUUGACAAAGCUGAACUCGUGUCUAUGGUCCAUGGCUCAUUGAAAGAAACUGUUAGCAUCGCUGACAUUUCGACAACUGAGGACGGGGUUUUCGAGAGCCCUACCUCAGGAGACCUGGUUAUCAAAAUCCGAACCCCUUUUAUGAGAGCUAAGAGCAACUCAGUUACUAAAAAGAAGAAAGAGUUCACGUACAACCGAGACGGUCCAACUUAUAUUUCUCGGGUGCAUUCAAUGGUCAGGCAUAUUUUGAACCAAUUUGGGGGAAAGGAAACGCUUGAUUUUGACGAGUUUACUCAAUUCAUUUAUCAACAUCCCAAACUUUUCGACUUAUUUUCAGUGAUUUUCAAAGAAGAAAUCUGAUCAGUAAAGGUUAGGGGAGAGGAUGAUUUCAUACCAGAAAUUUGCAUCCAAAAAAGCAAGUCUUUGGACGAGAGAAGCAGCUAUGUCGGCUUUCAGCUAUCUAAAAGUCACCCAUUGCAGCCUGUUGACAUGUCAGGAAUUGUAUAUUCUUUCUUAUACUAAAUCGUUAUAUUGAUUAAUUCUUAUCCAUAUUUAGCAUAAGCCGAAAUAUAAGAAGCCAGAAGAUAAAGAUGUUUUCGAGAAAAAAUAUGCUGUGCUGAAAAAGAGCUUACUUAUGUUUAUAGAUAACGAAGAAGAUAUCAUGCCUUCUGGCGUUGUAUUUAUGGAAGGAUGUUAUGUAAAUAGUGUAAAUGAUUAUAUUUUGACGAAUAAGUUCGCAGUCUCUUUGAGUCACCAAAACCUUGGCUACAAAGAAGUCAAACUCUGAUGCGACACAAAAGCGGAGAGAGACGACUGGAUUAAGAAACUUGAAAAAGCGUCGAACUGCAGGAAAUUCAAAGAGUACUACGAACUUAAAAACAGAAUUGGUAAGGGGAAGUUCUCAGAUGUCUAUUUAGCUACGGAAUAUAAAACGAACCAAACUUUUGCUGUGAAGGUCAUCAUGAAGAAGAAGCUGAAUAAGCAGGAAAGAGAUUUUAUGAGAAGCGAGCUUGCUAUUAUGAGGCUUAUUGAUCAUCCAAAUGUAUUUUUCUUAAGAAAAAAUAGAACCAUUUUAUUAAACAGAUAUGCCCUAUUUUUGCAUAAAAUCAAAAUUAUUACCAAGCUCUGCAGUUUUCACCUGCUUAUUAACAGAUAAUAAAAUUCAAAGAAGUUUUCGAUACUAAAAAGCACCUUCUCAUUGUAAUGGAAAACGCUAAAGGUGGCGAGCUCUACGAACGAAUUUCAAUGAAAAAUAAGUUUUCGGAAUACGCUGCAAGCAGGAUAAUCAAGCAGCUCUUGGAAGUUGUUGCUUAUCUGCAUGACAUUGGAAUUAUUCACAGAGAUCUGAAGCCAGAAAACAUCUUGCUAGUUGACAAGUCUGACAUCCCACAAAUAAAAGUCGCUGAUUUUGGGCUUUCCAAGCUGACGUCUCCAGGUGAAAGCCAAUAUUUAGCAUGUGGGACACUAGGAUAUUCCGCCCCAGAAGUGCUUAAAAAAGAAGGCUACAAUCAUAAAGCUGACAUAUGAAGUAUUGGUGUGAUUACUUAUCUUUUGCUUCGUGGGAAACUCCCAUUUGAACAUAAAGAUAAAGAAAUUCAAAUUAAUUUGACUAUAACCAAACCAAUUACUUUUGAGGACACUUUUUGGGAGCGAAUCACACAUUCUGGUAAAGAUUUUAUAUCUCGAUUGCUAAAUCGCGAUAUUUCACAGCGCUAUUCAGCUCAAGAAGCUUUACAACACCCAUGAAUUAGAAAUGCAGAAUUUUUUAUACCCAGGGCGAUUGAUAUGAAAAAGCUGAAAUCUUCGUAUUUGCAUAGAGGGAUCACGUCACUUAAGCUAGGAGACACGAUGUAUAGGGAAUGCGAGCAGGAAUUUGCUGCUGACUCAUUUACUCAAAGUCUUCCUGAUGUGUUAGAAGGUUUCGAGCCACUUGUGAGGCAUCCUGCAGAAACGAACCUUGUAAAUAUAUAA